GAGAGAGAGAGAGAGAGAGAGAGAGAGAGAGAGAGAGAGAGAGAGAGAGAGAGAGAGGCUAUCGAUCACUUUCCGGUCUGGCGUUUCCCGGCCCUUCUAAGUACAGCUUUCGAUGACUCGAUCUCUCCAUGUCUCGAUCUCUCGGUCACGCUCAACGCUCCUCUUGUCCUUCUUUUUCUUUUUGCUGCGGAUACAUACAAGCACGUUGCCACACCAUCCACACCCUCCGUUUGAUAGCCGUACCCUCUCCAUCGCCCUUCACCAUAUCGCCUUGCCCCCCCCCCUUCCUUUCCCUCCGUACCCUACCAACCCGGUCCCGGCCACUCACCUCCAAUCUGAACCGGCCUGGAACAUUCACCGGGGAAGGGGGGCGGGAGGGGGGUGGGAUCACCAAUCCAUCACUAAACACACCACCUCGUCCUUCUUUUUGUCUGGCCUUCCUUGCCUCAACCUUCCAAACUUCCCGUCCCGUCCACAACGAACCAGGCCAGGCCCGGCCAAACCUGACCAGGGCACCGUGUUCCCUGCACAUUCGACACUUUUUUUUUCCUUGUCUUCGGGGGUAUCCUGAACAUCUCAACCCACUCAAUCAACUCGGCUCACUUCAUCUCAACCCCAGCUCCCAGACUUGUAUACUUCCUUACGAGUAGAACAAGAGCCAGCCAAAGAACAGGACCUCACCUCCAUCUUGGGCUGGGCAAAAUAAGCUGCAAGACCACAUAUAGCCUGGCAAGCCUGGGAUCGGGGAAAUCCACGGGCAGGAGUCCAGCGUGCAGCAACAGUAACAGUAACAAGCAGCAGCCGGCAGCCGGGAGAGUCACAGAGACGCGCCAGUCUCACUUUACCUCGACGGUUGCCAGCCCAGAUACGGAUCCUGCCUUUCUUACCUUGCCGUCUUUGCUCCGUCGUCCGUACCUUAGCUGGCCUUGGACGAGGCAGGCACUGGACCACUCACCCAAAGCCCCGAGGAUGCUUGGGUCAUUGCAGCUAGCAAUUUGGUCUCUUUUCCCCCUUUAGUUCAUCUUCCCCUUU